AUGGCUCCUAGUCACACCAGCUGGACCGUGGCCGUUCUCUGUGGCCUGGCAUUGUCCGGAGUGGAAGCAGUCCCCAGCAGCACACUGGUCGAUCCCGAAAGUACAUUCUUCUCAACGAACUUGAUCGCAUACUCAUCCGAACUCAACUUCGACCAGAGCGACGGAGACCUUUGGCCGACAACAUGGGCUGACGACGAUCAAGUCUACACGGCUAACGGCGACGGCCUCGGCUUUUCUACCGAUCAAGCAGACUUCGCCGACUGCACUGUGAGUCGCAUAUCUGGCACCCCCGAAACUGGUCUCUCCGGCGUGAGACUGGCUGCCGGGGAUGCACUGGGUCCAAUCUGGGUCAAUGGAUCGUAUAAUCGAAAACCGACUGGAAUUGUUGCGGUUGAUGGCGACGGCGACGGCAAAGACGAGUUGUACUUGGUGGUCCAAAUGCUCAACGAUGGCUCAGGUGACGUGGCUUUCAACGAUGUCCCAGCAGCCAGUAUCCUUCGAUCAACAGACUACGGUGUCACUUGGACUUCUACGACGGCUGCCAUGUUCACGAACUAUGUUUUCACGACAGUCUUCUUCCUCGAUUUCGGGAAAAGCAAUUCCAAUGCAGCCGUCUUGGGUUCAGGCGACUCCGAAUACGUCUAUGCUUAUGGCCUGGAUAACAACUGGCGGGAUUCGGUAGACGGAUCUGUUCCUGAUCCACAAAGCGUUUACCUUGCUCGAGCCCCCAUCUCCUCCAUUCAAGACAUCUCCACGUGGGAGUUCUUCAGCGGAACCUCUAGUUCCCCUGCAUGGAGCUCUGAUAUUGCAUCCCGUGAGCCUGUUUUGACUGACACACGGAGAGUCUAUCCGGGCGGGGAGACUGUGGAUGGGUUUUCGGUGAUUUCACAGGGCAGCGUGGUAUACAACGCACCACUUAAUCGAUACCUCUACACCAGCUGGACGGACUACACAUUCGAGUUCUACGAAGCACCACAGCCAUGGGGUCCGUUCACACUUUUUGCAUGGAAAGACUUUGGCGUGACCCCGUGGUUUGGCUUGAACACAACCACCCCUAAGAAUGGCGGCUAUGCCACUACGAUCCCAUCCAAAUUCAUAUCUGAAGACGGAACAAAGAUGUGGGUGCAGUCAAACUGGUUUGUUGGGGCUGCUGCGGGUAGUGAUUGGAACUAUUGCUUCUCACUGAGAAGUCUCGAAGUGACCAAGUAUUCUCCUAGCACCCCAGAGAAUCAGCCUGGUUCAACGAAUCUCGCAAUGGUUGACGGCACUGUGCCUAUCUGCAAGACGGCACAUUACGGCCAUCUAUCUUAUCUCAAUGAUGGAUCUACGCUCAGCGAGGAUAGCUGGGACGGCUCUCUGAAGGACCUUGACCGCUGGGGCUAUACCUGGCCAAUCGAGUACAACAUGAACCGGAUUGUGUACACAACAGGAGACUCUUUCAGUGACGGAGGCUGGUUUACAAGCAACCUUACAGUUCAGGUCCGUCGUGGUUUUACAUGGGAGGACGUCACUGGCCUGGCAGUUAGUCCGGAGUAUCCAUAUGACAACUCGGCAGUUCCGAACAAGGAGUAUACAUUCACAUUCGACAACGCCGCGGGCGACGGGAUUCAGAUCAUCGGGGUUCCCGGUGGAAGCUGGACAUUCACGUCAAUAGGUGAAUUGUCUGUGUACCUUGAUAGUUGA